GCCGAGCCGAAGUGAGCGGCGUGAGACCAUUCGUACGCAACACGCGACGUCGGUUGCGCACAGCGGACGACGCGCGUCAGUUACUUCUUCUCACGCGAGUGCGAAACGCCGGUCGAAAACGAUUGUUGCUCACGAUCGAACGCGCGGGCGCGCAUCUCGUUAAAAUGUGAUUUUCCCGCUUUUUUCUUCAAGAUAUUCUUUCUCUCUCUCUCUCUCCUAUCUUCCUCCUCUACUUUUCUUUCUAUCUUUCGACCGGAGGUGAAGGGAAGGAAAGCGCCGGCCGAAUUUUACGCGAGGACUCGCGACCGACGGCGGCGAACAUGACACUUUCGUGAGGAACCGCAGGUUUCCGAUGGAGAACCAGGGUUACGAGGAGGACCAGUCGCGCAUAGCAAAAGAGAAGUCCACACUCGAAUCUCGCCGCCGCAAUCAGCAGCCUCACGUGGACACGAUCGAUGUGAUCUGUGAUUCUGUUGCCGCGAGGACCCAUUCCGAUGGUCAUGUGUACGAGGAUAUUGCAACCGACGCGGAAACCGACGCUUGUGAGCUUUCCGACCGGACGAUUUCUUGUCCCGACGAGACUGAGAAUCACCGACCGAUCGAUCUCACCAGACAGGCUUGGAUCGACGAGCCGCCGUCUCCCGCGAUCGACAGGCAGGACUUCCAACAGGGAUUGUCGUUAGCCUCCUCAACUAGGAUCAGCACGAAUGACGACAGCGCGACCUCGUCGGAGCCGGUGUCCAGUGAAGAUGACCCUAAGAAAACCCUUGGGAAAUCUUGCGAUCUACCGGUACCUUCCCUCCCCGGGAUCGUUUCAGCAAACUUGUCCUCGUCACCUCGGGCAAAUGAAGACUCGUCACGAAACGCGGGGAGUGUUCCGGUAACGCAGUCCGAUCGUCGACCGAAUCGCAGACGCCGGAAGAAGGACUGUAAACAUUGCAGGAGCAAAUUAGCCGAUGUAGGCUCCUGCGAGAAACUGAAUGAGCUGAUCGGUAGCAAGGAUACGAUCCUGUGGGAGAACGGCAACAAUCACCGAAACGGAGAUUCGAACGCGUCCACUCUCUUAUUCCGGGAGUCGCAUCUGAGGCCGCACAACAUAAAGAUUUAUCCGUUCGUGAGUAGAACGAGUCUUCGGGAUAUUGGCGCUAUGAGAAGUUCCUCGGUCGCAUUUCCUGCGUCUGAGUAUGGAGUGCAUACAACGCAGAAUACGGCUAGGUUCCUGUUGAACAUGGAGAAUGAUAAGAUGUUGGGCCAGGUGGUGGAUGGUGCUCAGGACAAGAUAUUGGGAGUGUCGAAGAAUGGGACUGAUAUGAGAAUUAACUCAAUAUACUCGCAGGACCGCUGGACGUAUGACAAGGAGUCGCAGAUAUUUUAUACUGACGUCAAAAAUCAGAAUCCUUUUCAGAGGGCCUAUUCCCUGCCGACGCGGACACACACUCCGACCUCGCAGAAUCGCGUUAAUUUACGUCGAAGCGUUAGAAACGAGCCGCCACCGCAUCCGGCGCGCUUGGACAAGCACCGUCGCGGUUGGACAUUACACCUGGCUCGUCCCCUGAAGGCAUCCGGAUGCUCGAGCCCGCUCAUACCCCUGCUGAUCGUCGUACUGAUCCUGCUGGGGGUCGCAGGGGUCGCAUUGUACAUCGUCUUCGAACCCGAGAAGCUCCAGAUCAUUCAGCAGUAUCUGAAGUCGUCGACGAGCAGGUUGACAGAGCAGAACGAUACUUCCGGUGAGCCGAUCACGCCCGCGUUUCCGUACGACGAGUCAAAUCUGACGACCGCGAUGGCCAACGUGUCGUCGACGACGUUAACGUCGAUGGCAGCAGAAAUGUUCGCCGAGGAUGUGUUCGUAGGCGCCCCUCUAAACUAUUCCGGCGAUCCGUCAUUUCCGGGAAGUACUUCGCCGUCGAACGAAGGCGCGAAAACGGAAGCUGCGAGUCAGAGCGUUAUUAAUGCGACGAGGUAUUGCGACGAUUGCCUCGAGGGUGAGGUGUGCGUCGCCCUUGUCUACGAAGAGGUGCCGAUAUGCAGGAGCCCCCGCGACCCCGACGAUCCCACCGGAUGCGCUGGUUUCUGCGCCGUCAGCAAGCAGAAGUGCCACCGUCUCGACGUGGACGCUUUCAGGUGUGUGGAGAUUGAACACUACUGCCUGGAUGACGAAUGGACUUGCUCCAAUAUGUUGUGCAUCCCUUUGGAGAAGCACUGCGACGGACAUAUGAAUUGUUAUGAUCAUUCAGAUGAGUACGAUUGCGUCUGCAAUCUGGAGACGCAUUUUCAGUGCAGUAACGAGACUUCCUGCCUUCCGUUGGAGAGGAGAUGCGACGGAAAGAUAGAUUGCUGGGACGCGACCGACGAGAUUAAUUGCACGUUAGGUCGUAAUCUUGGUUGGUCUUGUCCCUUGGAAAGCGAAUUUACGUGCAGUAAUGGGGAAUGCAUACCAAAAAUUCGCUUUUGUGAUGGGUUGGCGGAUUGCAGCGAUGGAUCAGACGAACCUCACGGAUGUCAAGGGCGAUGCAAUAAACACGAAUUUACAUGCCAAAACCGUAGAUGUAUUACGAAAGGAAUGAAGUGUAAUGGAAUUGAUGAUUGCGGAGAUGGUUCGGAUGAGAGACACUGCAAAGACCGGUUUACUUAGUAUUUAUACAUGAAAGAAGACAUUGCCAAUCAGAGAAGGAUCAAAUGCAGUAUUUUAUACAAAUAAAUGUAUGUAAUGUAUAUAGCGUGAUGUAUAGAGACAGAAAUAUGACAAUAUAUAUAUUGAAUCGC